AUGGCCGCGAAAAGGCUGGCCGAGGCUGCGGCCCUCGUGCUAAUCCUGCGCCUUGUCUACAAGCGUCUGCAAGACUCGGAGGCACGUCGAGUUCAAAGGUUCCACAAGCGCUUUGGGCCGCCAAAGCACGGCUGCUUCGUUGUCACUGGAGCAUCAAGCGGCAUCGGGCUUGCAUUGGCUACCGAGCUGUCGCAGACUUACGGCUACGAUAUCAUCGUCAUUGCACGGCGCGAGCCUCUCCUCUCAAGGCUGGCCAGCGAGCUCCCCACAAACGUCAUUCCGCUGGCAUGCGAUUUGCAGACGGCAUUUCGUGACGAGGCUGGCGUGCUGGAUUUCCGCAAGCGCCUGGAAGGUGCGCUGCCAGCCGGCAAGGCGCUCGCGGGCUGCCUGCACAUGGCAGGGAACUCGGAUCUGGCGGUGCACGGUCUCACCGACAAGACUGCCGCGCGCAACCUGGAGAUGCUGGACCUAAAUUGCAGGGCGACUCUCGGUGUGCUUCAAGCUGUUGUGCCGCUCCUUGCGCAUCACGUCAUGAGGACAGAUUACCGGGCGGUGGCUGUCACGCCGGGUGCGCUCACUGCUUUUGUGCCUUCAGCACCCACCUUUGCAACCUCCGCUGCGAAUAAAAAUUACAUUCGAGCGCUCACCCUCUCCCUUCGCUACGAGUACGAGUCCGACGGAAUAGACUUUGUGUGCGCGUGUCCGGUUGCGGUGCGGUCGGAAAUCCUGGACAACGCCGACGGCGGCAGCGGCAUCGAGAGGCUUGUCUACAUUCCUACGGGCUUGGAGUGGGCUCAGGGCGUCCUCGCUGACUUGUCGUUGGGGCUCCCCGAAACCAAUGGCCGCUAUAUGGACUACAUGACCGCUUGGAUGACGUUUGGCUGGGGGUGGACGACGCGAUACUUCUUCCAGGGUCGGGUGCAGUCAAACUCGGUGCUGCUCAAUCGUCCGGUCCGCCUAGAGCCGCUGCGCGAAAAGCUCGCGGGAGUUUAUCGACAGGCUACCCCACGCCCAGAAGAUUAG